UCGAGACCUUAUUAGAGUUCAUAAGGUGCGCAAGCAGGUGAAUGGCUCACACAACCUACCUUAUGCUCAAAAACUCGACCUAGGGUGGGUUAUUGUUGGAAAUGUAUGUCUAGGAAGUAACCACAAGCCACAAUCAAUCAACACCUUUUACACCAAAACCAUGGAGACAGCACGCCCAACGCUCUUUGAACCUUGCCCCAAUGUGUUCAGUGUUAAAGAGAAAUAUGACAACACACACAUUCCGAUACAUCCUUCGCCCUUAUCUGAGAUUAAACCAGACUGUGAGGCGGACCAUCUUGGUUAUGUUGUCUUUAAAGAGACAAAGGAGGACAACCAGCUGGCUCCUUCAAUCCAGGAUUCCCUUUUUAUGGAAAUAAUGAAUGAAGGUCUGCAUAAAGAUGCAAAUAAUAGUUGGGUGGCGCCUUUACCCUUUAAACAUCCACGACAGCGGCUGCCCAACAAUAAGCCUCAGGCAUUGAAACGACUCAUCUCCCUGAAAUACAACUUCAGAAGGAAGCCAGAAAUGAAGGAACAUUUCAUCAACUUCAUGGAGAAGAUGUUCGAAAAAGGCCAUGCAGAAGUAACCCCUCCGAUAAUAGAUGACAAAGAACAGUGGUACUUACCCAUUUUUGGCGUGUACCAUCCGAAGAAGCCCGGCCAAAUUAGAGUUGUGUUUGACUCGAGUGCUCAGUACGAGGGUGUGUCACUCAAUGAUGUCCUGCUGUCUGGACCAGACCUGAACAACUCUCUGCUGGGUGUACUUCUGCGGUUUAGAAAGGAAGCAGUUGCCUUCACUGUCGAUAUAGAACAAAUGUUCUACUGCUUCUAUGUGAGAGAAGAAGACAGAAACUUCCUGCGUUUCCUGUGGUUCCAAGACAAUGACCCUUCUAAAGAUGUUGUGGAUUGUCGUAUGAAUGUACAUGUCUUUGGAAACAGACCUUCACCAGCAGUGGCUAUUCAUGGUCUCCAUCAGUCUGUCCAAGAUCGAGAGUCCAAGGUUGAGCCUGAUGUCAAGAACUUUGUCACACGUGAUUUUUACGUGGAUGACGGUCUUAAAUCCAUGCCCUCCACCGAAACAGCAGUGAGUCUCCUGAAAAGGACUCAAGAGGUUCUUGCUAAGUCAAACCUCCGACUGCACAAGAUAGCCUCAAACAAAAAAGAAGUUAUGGAAGCCUUUCCGUCCACUGAUCACGCUAAUAGCCUCAAAGACCUUGAUCUAGAUGAUGACUCACUGCCGCUGCAACGCAGUCUUGGACUCAACUGGGACCUCCAAGCAGACUGUUUUGUGUUCAAUGUCUCAGACAAUGUGAAACCAUACACUCGGCGGGGUGUAUUAUCCACUGUUAACAGUCUUUACGAUCCUCUUGGAUUUGUGGCGCCAGUAACUAUCCAAGGAAAGGCUAUUCUGCGAGAACUAACCACUGAAAAAGGAGAUUGGGACUCACCAUUACCAAAAGAUAUGGAGCAGAUCUGGGAGUCAUGGAGAGCAUCUUUAUCACAACUGUCUGGGUUUUCUGUUCCCCGACUAUACACACAAACAUCGCCUUCAGAAGCUUACAGAAGAGAACUGCAUGUCUUCUGUGACGCAUCAAUCAAGGCUAUUGCUGCAGUAGCGUAUCUAAGAGUCGUUGAUGCACGUGGAAACUGUUGUGUUGGAUUUGUGAUGGGCAAAGCCAAACUCGCCCCUCGUCCUGAAAUGACCACGCCAAGAUUAGAACUUUGUGCAGCAGUUCUUGCAGUAGAACUGGCAGAUUUAGUCUCUACAGAAAUGGAUCUCCAGCUCCAUACUAUGUCCUACCAUUCAGACAGCAAAGUGGUCCUGGGCUACAUUUAUAACGAAAACAGGCGGUUCUACGUCUUUGUCAGCAACAGAGUACACCGCAUUCGGAAAUCAUCCCUUCCAAACCAGUGGCACUAUGUCCCAACAGACCAAAAUCCUGCAGAUCAUGCUACACGUUCUGUUGUGGCAGGUCACCUAAAGAACACAAACUGGUUGAGUGGCCCAAAAUUUCUGGUAAGUCCAGAACCAAGUAUCAACAAUGACACCUUUGAUCUUGUGGACCCGGUUGCAGACCCAGAUGUGAGGCCUUGGGUGACUACCCUGUCUACCACAGUGUCUUCAAAAAACAUUGGUAGUGAACGCUUCACCAAGUUCUCUGCAUGGAACUCUCUCACUCAGACCAUGGCUCGGCUGUUGCACAUAGCAAAGAUGUUCAGCACAGCGAAAAGGGAGGUCCAAUCCUGCAAAGGCUGGCAUUGCUGUAAGACAAAGGUAACUGUGAAGGAAAUCGACCAAGCUGCAAACGUUAUUGUGCGUACGGUGCAGGAGGAAAUCUAUGCUGAAGAGAUCAAGUGCAUUCAGAAGUCAGAAAGAAUUCCUAAAGGCAGCCCUCUCUACAGACUGGACCCAUUCAUCGACAAAGAUGGACUUCUCAGAGUUGGGGGCCGUCUCGUCCAUUCCACUCUUGGGCAAGUCGAAAAGAAUCCAUUGAUCGUCCCUGGGAAACACCAUGUUGCAACCUUGAUAAUAAGACACCAUCAUGAACAAGUACACCAUCAAGGCCGCCAUUACACGGAAGGAGCUAUUCGGACAUCAGGAUUUUGGAUAAUUGGCUGUAAAAGAAGGGUUAGCAGCAUCAUCAACCAGUGUGUCACCUGUAGACGACUAAGAGCUCCUUUGAGUGUCCAGAAGAUGGCAAAUCUUCCAACAGAUCGUUUGACUACAGAUCCUCCGUUCACAAAUGUGGGCCUGGAUGUGUUCGGGCCGUGGCACAUCUGUUCACGUCGUGCAAGAGGUGGCCUGUUACACAGUAAAAGGUGGGCUGUAAUAUUUACGUGUAUGAGUGUAAGAGCUGUUCACAUCGAGGUCAUCGAGUCACUUGACGCAUCAAGCUUCAUCAAUGCAUUGAGGCGUUUUCUUGCAGUGCGAGGGCCAGUCAAGCUCAUACGUUCAGACCGUGGCACUAAUUUCGUCGGAGCCUGCAAGGAGUUAAAUAUACCCUCAAACAUUGACAACUCAGCGAUCAACACUUACCUCUUGAAAGAGGGAAUAACCUGGAUCUUUAAUCCUCCCCAUGCUUCCCAUCAUGGUGGUACAUGGGAGAGAAUGAUUGGCCUGGCAAGAAGAAUACUUGACACCAUGUUCCUUCAGCUAAAAGAUAAACUUACCCAUGAAGUGUUGGUGACCUUUAUGGCAGAAGUAGCGGCUAUCAUCAACGCUAGGCCUCUGGUGCCAGUUACACAUGACCCUGAAGAUUUGUACAUGCUCACUCCAGCCACUCUUCUUACUCAAAAGGUAAACGUCCUUCCAGCUCCUGUUGGUGACUUCGGAGUGUCUGACCUCUACAAGUCUCAGUGGCGCCAGGUACAACACUUGUCCAACACUUUCUGGGACAGAUGGAAAAAGCAGUAUCUGCCCACACUUCAGCCACGCAGGAAAUGGCAGUCUACACAACCUAACGUGACAGAAGGAAGUAUUGUUCUUUUGAGAAAUAACGACCUGGCAAGGAACGAAUGGCCCACUGGACUGAUAACGAAGACUUUUCCAGGUGAAGAUGGAAAAGUGCGGGAAGUUGAAGUGAAGAUUGUAAAACCAGGAGGGACUGCACUCUAUCGUAGACCUAUUACAGAGAUAGUAGUUCUCCUUCCGAAAGAGGAUUAGUCAUACGAACUGUUGAAGUUGUUAGUGACGUGUAUACACGCCAGGCGGGGAGUGUAUUGCUACGAGCAAAUGUAAUGUUAAUCUUGUUUGUUUUCGUAAGAAUUAAUGUUUAAAUCUCAUUGUUAGAAAAAAUGGUACUGUCGCUUUAAGAGGGACUGGAUCUCAGACACAGGAAGUUGCAUAGGCUAUAGAGUGAGGAAAUCAGGAAGCAAGCACAUGGCACAGAGUGGAGGUUGUUAGUCGAGUCAAUCCAGCUGCAUCUGCAAACGUCUUCUGCUUUUUGUUAGCAUCGUAGUUUCACCUUCCUUGCUACGUCAAUAAACCUGUGUACAAGGAGUCAUCUGUCUGCAGAGUCUUGAUGUUCAAGGAGGCGUUUAUCUGACUGUCAAGUCAUAUAGAGCACGUAUGAUGAGGACAGCACACCCCCCUUCUUGUUGCUCCUGUUUAAGUGCAGGCCUCUCUGCACGGCAUGUCACUUGCUCCUUUACUGUCAGUCUGUAACUUGAGGUGAACAAAUGGCUCAUCAAACUCACCCUGAAUCUGAGCUGAUUGACGCUCUGAAUCUGGAGGUAUGUCAGGAUUUUGUAACUAUUUUAUCCAGUUUGUCUUUAGGAUGUUGUAGACAU